CAACUGGUAAUCUAUAAAAAGUACAAAUAACUGCAAUUUAUUCUAUGCUUCUGUUCUGCUGUGUAGUGUAUGUGUUGUGCAUCAGCGUUGAAAAGCGUAGUGAUAUCUCUUUUGAAACAAAUAGUAAAACGCGUACGCGUAGACGAGAGAUACUUUUAAUGAGACAGUUUCAUCCAUAAUAGAACGGAAAGUCCGUGGUUGGCUCAGUGGAGUUAUUGAAGAUAUGAGGCGCAGCAGUCCAGUACAACAAUGGCUAGAUUCACUGCCCGCAGACACUGAAGGUGAUGAGAAACCAGGUGAAGACCAAGCAGAAAACUCACACUCUGAUGAUAAUAAAGCAGAAGAUUCUGUGACUGACAACACAGUGGUGGAAGCAAGUAAUGUAGAACUAAAAGAUGAUAAAAACUUAGAUAUUCCAACACAAAGAGAAAUAUGGAAAAGGAAAUCUUUGGAGAGUGGCAUGCUUACGAGUACACCAAACAAUAGAUGUGUUAAGAAGAAACUACAGCGUGAUCACUCAGUUCAAUCAGAAGGAUGCGCACCUAGAUUUAAGAAUCCAUUGCUCAGAGAUCACUCUUUACAGUCAGACGCAAGUGGAUCAAGCAGCAGUUCAGUGCUCAAUGUGCUUGGGGCCAGAAAAGUAGAUGCUGAGUCAGUGCUUUUGGCACUUGGCUUUGGCCCCAGUGAAAAGCAACAAAAGUUACAGAGGAUACCAGAUCGCUUUCUAGUACCUUCUAAGUUAAAAGGCAUAAGCACUGAGAAAUUCAUAAAGGAUGAACAACUUUCUAUGCGCAUGCACGACUGCGGCAUAUUUGGAUAUAGAGGUCUUACAGGGAAUCCCCAUGUACCACCAUCGACAAUUGUAGCUAAGAUAAUGGAGUGUAUUCUGCACGACAACGUGUGUCGCGAGGAGGCGCUGAUGAAGGCUCGUCAUUCGAUCGCAGACUUGCGCGGUGCCCCGGCUCUGCACGCACAACUUGCACGCGCAGCAUUUAACAGGCAGACCACAAACUAGGCACUUUUACUUAUAAUUACACUGUUACUUAAUUUUUUCAUUAUUAUUGACACUUAUUUUCGGACAUAAUUGUAAUUUUAAGGGCUCAAAAGGGCAUCUUGUGCGACUUUGUGGGUUAAAAAUCUAUGGUAGAAAUGACUUUGUAAUCUGUCGAUAAGAAUGUUAUAUAUACGUGUGAAUUUUUCUAUCGGUUUGUUUAAUUAUCGUGAUAAGCGAUGAGCUCAAUUCUUUAAUGAAUAAUAAACGACAAAUCGUGAUAUGUUGGGUAAUUUUAAAGUUAUUUGUCAAAAAUAUUAAGUUUGUUUGUGUAGUUACUUUUAAAAAAUAUAUCUUGUUUGGUUGUGAUGUAGUGGUAUAUUCAUACAAGCGCAUAAAAACAAUUGAACCGGUGUUAGCGAGAAAACCGUGUUGGAGAGGAACCUCUACAAGUGAGAAAAAUAUCGCGGUCCCUUAGGCUCUCGUUUGGCCAGGUUCGACUUUAUGUGAUCUUACAAAUAAAAUAUAAUUUGUACUAAUUAAAUUUAACCUAGAAAAAUAAUAAUUUUUAAACCGUAUACAAUGAAAAAAACUGCAACAUUUUAAAUUACAAACAUAGUAUACCAGUAUGUUAUUGACCAAUUUGUUUUAUAUAAGUGCCAAACUUAAAAAAGACGCAAACAUAGCUAGUCAAACAAAAAUGUC